UGAUAAUGGUCCCACAGACCACCAAUAGCAUGAACCCACUUGCUUACGUGGCAAGAUUACAAUAACUACAUCAUGGUGAUCUUGAUCAAAUACCAUCAAAUUUAUCUGAGCCGUCAACUUGAGAUAUCAAUCUCUCACGUGUAUAAUAUCCGCCAAAAAUCAACCCCACCUUCAACAUCAUUCCCGCCAUGUUAGUCGUCACUCUUAGAACACUAGCUUCUUCUUCUUCCCCAUUUCUCUACAACCCCUUAGUACCAAAACCCUUCUCAAACCCUCACCCUAAAUGCAGAGCCACGUGCCCAUGUUCAUACCCAGCCUUGAGGAUAACACUCUAUGCGGGUUGCAAAUCCGAGUAUCAGAGCGAAAGGGGGCUUCAAUUCGAGACCGGCGAGUCGUUCUUCCGCCAUGAAAGUGCCACAGGCCGUGACCUCGGCGUGCUCGCCGCUUCGCUCUACAGAAAAUCCGAAGGAAAAUUGCGGGUUCUCGAUGCCUUGUGUGGCUGCGGAGUGAGGUCCCUCAGGUACCUCGUUGAGGCCGAAGCCGAUUUUGUUCUCGCGAACGAUGCCAACGAAGAGUACAACAGCGUUAUCUGCAAGAACUUGUCGAGGAUGGUUCCCAGCGGCCCCGGUGAUGAGUGUAGGUGGAGAGUGACGAAUUCCGAUGCCAACAGGAUUAUGACAGAGUGUUAUCUUCAAAGGGAUUUCUUCGAUUUCAUCGAUGUUGAUUCAUUUGGGAGCGAUUCCUCAUUUCUAAGGUCGGCGAUGAAUGCUUUGAGGUUGGAUGGAUUGCUGUAUGUUACUUCCACGGAUGGUUUCUCGUCCGGCGGUCACCGGCCUCAUCACUCUUUCGCUGCAUAUGGCGCAUAUAUCCAGCCUUUGCCGUAUUCGAAUGAGGUUGGUCUGAGAAUGCUUAUUGGUGGUGCUGUGAGGGAAGCUUCUGUAUUGGGUUAUCGUGUUGCUCCAUUGUUCUCAUACUAUGCAUACCAUGGACCUGUUUUCAGAGUCUUGCUUCGUGUAAAUCGUGGGAAGCUUCCUGAUAACAGAGAUUAUGGUUUCAUUAGCUACUGUGAGCAGUGUGGAAACUCUCAAGCAUUUUCUUGGGAUGAACUUGGUCAAAUUAGUUGCCUCUGCACUAACUCAAAGGUUUCUGAGUCAAUUAUUGUCUCAGGGCCACUUUGGACAGGGCCUCUCCAUGAUACUGUUUAUGUUCAAGAGAUGUUAAAUUUAGCUGAGGAAUGGGGAUGGACAGGCAGAGACACAGAAACCAGUCUUGAAAAAGUUUUGAAACAAAUGGUGGAUGAAAGUGACCCCAGAUUACCAUUUGGGUACAUCAAAUUGGAUGAGGUGGCAAGCCGUGCAAAAAUAAAUUCUCCACCCCUAAGAACCAUGAUGAGUGCCAUACAAAAGGAGGGGUAUGCAGCUAGUAGGUCACACAUUGUCUCCAAUGCAAUCAAGACCAACUGUCCGAUGACAGUAUGCAUUAGAAUUGCCAAGGAACUACAGCAAUGCUGCAGUGCUGAAAAUGUUGUCUCAUAAGUGCUGGAUAUGAAUGCUGCACAGCAAGUUUACACUCAAUGGAAGCGCUUGAUUAUGCACAAUAUCAUAAUCUGAAGCUAACUCCUAGGAUUGACAUUGUUACAUAAUGGAGAUUCAGAAAAUUUGAGGAAUAUGGAAAUGUUUGACACCCAACGAUAACCUGUAAGAGUUUCAUUAUAUAUCUACAAAUUGAUGGAAAGAGAGCGGAUCGAUUGAUCUCAGUAUCAUAACUUGGCUUCAACCAGGAAUCAACUGAAUACUUCCCCUACAACACUAGUUUGAUUUGAUUGAUACUCUUAUUAAGAGAAAUUUCUAAAUCAUAAUGGAAAACGUCGGUCCCGACUCUUGAAUGCUUUUUAUUUUC